AUGGCAAACAACAAUUACACAUAUGAAUACAUAAAUGAAGAAUCCAUUAAUUGUGAAUUAAUAUGCAAUAUUUGUUAUAAACCAUUUGCUGAACCAAUUUCUACUCCAUGUAAUCAUAAAUUUUGUCAUCAUUGCAUCAAACAAUGGAUUGACAUGAAAAAAACAUCAUGUCCGAUAUGUCGUUGUCAAAUAAAAUCCAUUAAUCAAUGUAUACAAGUUAGUCCUCAUUUACAAAAUCUUCUUGAUCAACUUCCAAUUAAAUGCUUUGUAUGUGGUGAUUUACAAUUAAAACGAAUUGAUUUUAAUGAUCAUAUUAAUAAAGCCUGUCCAAAAAUUAAUGUUUUAUGCUCAGCUGCUGACAUCAAAUGUCCAUGGAUAGGAACACGUGAAGAACUUGAAAAACAUAUUUCAACAUGCAAAUUCGCACCAUUAAGGUCAAUACUUGCUCAAAUGAUUUCUGAAAAUGAACAAUUGAAUAUUAAAUAUGAACAAUUGAAUAUUCAAAAUGAACAACUUUAUAUUCAAAAGCAACAGCUUUAUAUUAAAAAGCAACAGCUUUAUAUUCAAAAGCAACAACGUGGUCUAAUUAAAGAACAAAUUAUGAAGAAUAACUGA